GUCGUACAGCCUGCGCAUCCCAUUGCCGUCACUAUAGCGAAUGCCAGCCGAGCCCUCCCACUUGGGGUUGGCACCCGCCGCCGCUAGCCUCCCAAAGACCUCCGUCCUCUCCCGCCGCAGCAGCAUGCUCGCCCGCGACAGGUAGGGCACGAGCACCACCCCGACGUCGGAUUCUUUCCAAGCCUUCGCAGCCUUGAACACGCUCGCCCGCCUCCCCUCAGCAAUUUGCACUACCGCGCUCCAUCCCCCGCGGGCCUGGCUCCACUCGCGCUCCGGCGGCAGCACCGUACCGCUCAACCCCUUCUCAUGCUGCUUGCGAGGCACAACAUCAACCUCGGCGGGUGCGUGGCAUGCUUUCGCUUUCGUUUUCGCAAUUUAGCGGCCCCCGACUGCUACGUAUUAGUAUUUGCUAUUGCCUAUUGCAUGUAAAUAGGCUCAGGUACAUUUUGUGGUUGUUACUGCAUCCGGCCGCUGGUCUUCUCGAAGGCCCGAACUCCGAAGCCUCUGCAUAAACUCGGGCAUUACUUAUCUUGCCUUUACAGUACGCCAUCACACAGUAUUACCACACUUUACACGCGUCUUAUCCCCCACCGCUCCGCACGUUGGGGGUGUGGGGCCCAGUCCCACACCCCUGACAAUUAUGGCAGAUCAAAUAAGCACCAGGAAGGUGCCGCUGCGCAGCGUAUGUAGGGACGGAGACACGCUCGCGGCGAUUAGGUUCACUGUAGAGCACGUAGCGACGCCGUUCCGUGCGCGGCUACUAGACUUUCUUAGGCAUUUUAGUAUAGUAUGUCGCACGGAUGCCAGUGGAUUCCGCUGCGCAACCUGCGCCGUGGAGUGGAAGCGGGAAUGCGGACUGGAGCAGCGACGCGACGGAUUGCGCCAGCAGGCUGCGGGACGCGGGACACCGGAGCAGGAGGAGAAGCUCAACCGGCGCGUGCCUGACAUCGACACCAACUUCCUGGUGUGCCGCGCCAACCUCAGGGUCGCGACGCCAACUCGGCAACAAACAUGCGUCACGCGCUGGUGGAGAUGUUACUGGGUAACCCGAGGCCUGCUGCGCUGCGCCGCGGUGGUGGCGGCGGCGGCGCUGGCCCAGGGCCAGGAGGCGGUGCUGGCCCAGGGCCAGGCGGCGGCGGCCGCCCAGGGCCAGGCGGCAAGGGGCCAGGCGGCGGCGGCGGCAAGGGUGACGGCCCCAAGCGUCUACCUCACGCCCCAAGCGUCUACCUCAUGCCCCGUACAUAUAUAGCUGCUGGGGGCGGUUCGUGCAGGCACUUCC